UUCUUCUUCUCCUCCUCCUCCUCCAAAAUUUCUUUUAGGGCGGAACCAAAAAUUAAACCUAAUUUGAUCCCGGGAGUGCAUGUAAGUAGUUGGGAGUGGGGUUGCUGAUAAUAAAGCUUGAUUCAAUCAAUAGAUUGAUUAUUCCGAAGAACUCAAUCCAUCCCAACAAGCUCUUCUCCAUUAACAGUUGCUGUUGGAGCUGCAGAAUUCGGAACAUAUAUUGGAAGGACAUUUAGGGCACUGUAUAUAUAGGCGACUGUCAAUGCUGAGUAAAUUUGCAGUAUUGCCGUAGUGAGAUGGCUAAUCAUGGUGUUGGGAAUAAGUUUGCAUCUGUAAAUUUGAAUAAAUCAUAUGGACAACCUUCAAAUUCAUAUGGAGGAAAUAGACUACGAUCGGGUAGUCGUGGAGUUGGUGGUGGGAUGGUUGUUUUAUCUAGACACCAGAGUUCUACUACAGGUGUUCAUAAAACUGGACCCAAACUUUCAGUUCCACCCCCCAUGAACUUGCCUUCAUUGAGAAAGGAACAUGAACGCUUUGAUUCUUCCGCUUCUGCUAGUGGAGCAGCUGGUUCAGGUAAUUCUGGUUCUGGAUCAAGACCUACUUCCUCUGGUAUGGGCUGGUCGAAACUUGCUCCUUCGGCUUUUCAAGAGAAAGAUGCCGGGGAUGAUCAACAUCCUAAAUCAGUUGGUGAUAGCCAGAUUGUUGAUGGUGGCAAUGAUUUAUCUUCAUAUUCCUCAUCGGGAGUCACAUCAGGAAGAGCUGGUGGAAGUGUUUAUAUGCCUCCGUCAGCAGGGUUGGGCACACUUGGGGCACCUGUAGUUCAUUCUUCACGGAUUGUUCCAGUUGUGGAGAAAGCUGUGGUACUGAAAGGUGAAGAUUUCCCGUCGUUGCAAGCUACUUUACCGUCUGCGUCUGGUGUUAGUCAGAAACAACAUGAUAUUUCACAGCAUAGGCAGAAGCAGAGAGUGACAGAGGAAGAAGUUGAUCAGCAGAAGGAUAAUUCUUAUUCAAGGACAUCGAUUCACAUGCGCCCACAAAUUCAAUCUUCUCGACCUAGUGGCAGCUCAGAUGAGAGUCAGGUCGGGGGUUCUGGGUUGAGUAGCUCUGAUAAUGUUGAAAAAUCAAGGAAGCCGGAUUCGUACUUCCCUUCUCCGUUACCACUUGUCCGGUUAAAACACACAUCUGACUGGGCCGAUGAUGAAAGGGACACUGGUUAUGGUAUUUCAGACAGAGAAAGAGAUAGUGAGUACUCUAAGAAGAAACCAGUGUGGAAUAAAGACUUUGAUUUUCCGAGGGUUGGUGUGAUGCCUCGAGCAUCGGUUUCUAAUCUUUCUGAAAGGAGAGGUGUACUUGAUGAUGAAAGAGAGAAGGUUCCGACGAGGGAAUUCGCUAGAGGUAGCACUUACAGCAGAGAUGGAUUUGGUGCCCAUGACAAUGUGAUUGACAGAAAUGCUGUAGCUCCAAAACCCUCCAAUUCAAACCGGGAAAUGAAUAGAGAAACUAAGUGCGCUGGAGACAUUUCACGAGAUGGUUUCAGAAAUGGAGAUACAGCAAGUCAAGAGUUCAGGUCUGGAAGGAAGGAUGCUGAUUAUGGACCUAGAGGCAGACAAAAUGGAGAUUCACUUAGUGGUAGAGGGGCUGGUUACAAUGCACGGGAGCGAUUCAGUAGUGAUCAUUCCUACCAUUACAAAGGUGAUUUCUUCCCCAAAAGCUUAGUCCCAAAGACAUCAUUUUCUUCGGGAACUAGGGGUCCUGCUGUGAAUGAUCCAGUUCUAAAUUUUGUUAAAGAAAAGCGUUCGAGCAGUGUGAAACCAUACCUGGAGGAUCCUUUUCUGAAAGAUAUUGUCAAUGGGCCUGGUUUUGAUGGGAGAGAUCCACUCGCUGGAGGUCUUGUAGGGGUGUUCAAGAGGAAGAAAGAUAUUUCAAAACAAGACGAUUUCCAUGACCCUGUGAGAGAAUCAUUUGAGGCUGAACUCGAGAGAGUUCAAAAGAUGCAAGAGCAAGAGAGGCAACGCAUUCUUGAUGAACAAACCAGGGCAGUGGAGAUUGCCCGACAAGAAGAGGAGUUUGCAAGGGAAGUGAUAGAACGUCAGAGAAGACUUGAAGAAGAAGCAAGAGAAGUUGCAUGGAGAGCAGAACAAGAACGCUUGGAGGCCAUACGAAGGGCAGAAGAGCAGAAGGCCGCAAGAGAAGAAGAAAAACGAAGAAUGCAAAUGGAGGAAGAGAGGAGGAAAGAAGCUGCCAGGAAAAAGCUUUUGGAGUUGGAGGCUAGAAUUGCAAGGAGACAAUCUGAAGCGAAGGACGACAUGUUUUCUACUGGUGCUGCUAGGAAUGACAAAAUGUUUGGAUUGGCUACAGAAACAGAUGUAUCCAUGGUGACGGAUGUGGUAGAUUGGGAAGAUGGUGAGAGGAUGGUGGAAAGAAUCACCAAUUCUGCAUCUUCUGAUUCCUCCAAUCCAAGUAGAUCCUUUGAAAUGGGUUCUAGGCCUCCUUAUAUAAGAAGCGGAGAUUCGGUAUUUUCUGAUAGAGUAAAACCUGGAAAUGCAUGGAGGAGGGAUGUGUUUGAAUAUGGAAACAGCUCUAGCUUCAUGCUGCAUGAUCAAGAUAAUGACUACUGCGGUCCAAGACGCGACACAUUUGGUGCCGGACGAGCAGUUUCCCGAACAGAUUUUUAUGGCAGUCCCGGAUUCAUAUCAGGCACAAGGCCAUCUUCCAAAGGAGGGUUUUCAGAACCUCACCAAUUAGAUGAAAAGGCUGUUUCUUCGAGGUGUGACUCUCAAUCCUCGCUCUCUGUUUCUAGCCCACCUCAUUCACCUACUCAUCUGUCUGGUGAUGACCUAGAGGACUUGAGGGAUUUUCCUGUCCUACAAACUGCUGCAAAAGGCGAAGAAUUUUCUUUGUCAGAAAAUGAGCAUGACUUUUCAGUAGCUGAGGAUGGAAAAACUAAUAACAUGACAACCUCGGGGACUGUUUCUCGUGCUGAAGAUGAAGAGUGGGAUAUCGAGAAUGCUGAAAAGUUGCAGGAGCAAGAAGAAUAUGAUGAAAAUGAUGGUUACCUCGAAGAAGAUGAAGUUCAAGAAGGUGAUGAUGAAAAUAUUAAUUUGAGCCAUGAAUUUGAACAUUUGAAUUUGGAAGUUGAAGAAGCAGCUGACGAGAUAGGACAAACCAUCUUAGGGUUUGAUGGAGGUGUUGAAGUUCAAAUUCUCAGCGGUGAUGAGUUUGAGAAAUCAUCUAGAGACAGAGAUUUGUCAGUUGGGACACAACAGGGUCCUGCUGGUAAUUUAGACGAAGGAUCCUUUAUGAUUGAUACCAGACAGGCUAUCAUGCCUGAAAAUAGUUCUCUUGACGCCAGUCUGGAUAGUUCUAGUCCCAUGACGAAGGAAACAGAGAAUGCAGUCCAAGAUUUGGUUUUCCAAUCUGGUAAUUCAUCAACAACAUCUUCAGGUUAUCUUUUGGGUAAUACGAAUUCACAGCCAGCAGUGACAUCCUCUAGUGUUUCCCUCUCUUCUCCAAUAGCCCAGCCUAUGAUGCCAGCAGUUUCAUCUGGUGUUAGUCAGGGUGAAGUACCUAUGACCCUUCAAUUUGGCCUUUUUUCGGGUCCAUCUUUGAUACCAUCUCCAGUUCCAACCAUACAGAUUGGUUCUAUUCAGAUGCCUCUACACAUACACCCUUCACAACCUCACAUGCACCCUUCACAACCUCCUUUUUUCCAAUUUGGUCAGCUGAGGUAUGCAUCUCCCAUGACACAAAGCAUUUUGCCUUUGGCUCCUCAGUCGGUGUCUUUCGUUCAGCCCUCAGUCCCCGCCCGUAAUUCUUUUAAUCAAAACCAGGAAAGUUCUGUAAAUAUUCCAGCAGAGUCAUCUGUGAUGUUGAAUGACCAACCUGGUAUGUCGAAGCUCUUGAAUAUAUCUCAGGACAGUAAACCCAUUAAGGUGACUGUGUUAGCAGGUAGACAAGACCAAGAGAAUGAAGUUUUGACUUCUCAUAGUCAGGUUCGGAACUCCAUUUUACCCGACAGUGAGAGCAGAUCUGAAUCCCUAGUUCAAGAUCAGGGGCAACAUGAUAUGGCCUUGAGGAAGAACUAUAGAUAUGCAGGUAACAAUAAUCAAUCACAAGGUCAAGUGCAAGCUGAAUCUACCAAGUCUCAGUUCAUGUCAAGGAAUCCAGGCCCAAUAUCUGGUGGGAGAGGGAAGAGGUUUAUAUAUACAGUCAAGAACUCUGGGUCAAGACCUUCAUUCCCAGUUUCUGAAGCUCCUCACUCAGAUUUUAGUGGGUUUCAAAGAAGGCCUCAUCAUAAAUUUCGACGUACGGAGUUUAGGGUAAGAGAAACUGUUGAGAAGAGGCAUACAGAAAGCGUUGGAUCUUCUGAAAACUCUGGGAUGAACAAAAGGUUGAAUUUUCAUGGUAGGAUGUCAGGAUUUUCUGGGAGAAAUGGGGUGGUUAAGAAGGAAUUCGGGUAUAACAGACAAUCAAAGCAUCCAGUUGAAUAUGUAGGCUUAAAUUCAGAUUCAAGUGGUUCACGUGUAGCUGACUCAGAAAGAAAAACAGAGAAAAGACCUGGUAAAGAGGCUUCUACAAAGAGGCUGACAUCUUCACCCAAUGUAUCGGACACUUGGGAAGAAAACCCUAGAAGGAAUAGUAGUUCAGUGGAGGAUGUUGAUGUUCCUAUGCAAAGUGGGAUUGUGCGUGUUUUUAGACAAACCGGGAUAGAAGCCCCUAGCGAUGAGGAUGAUUUCAUUGAAGUGAGGUCUAAGAGGCAGAUGUUGAUUGAUCGGCGAGAACUGAGGGAAAGGGAAAUUAAGGCCAAAUCUCGGAUGGCAAAGGCAUCUCGGAAACCUCGUUAUGUUCCACAAAAUCCUAGGGCUCCAGUGCAUUCAAAUAAACCAUCAACAUCAUUGGUGGCAGAAGCAUCCAGCAGUAUUCCUUCUACUUCUCUUGUUUCUGAUGGCAAGGGCACUCCCAAUGUUGAAGUGGUAUCUGCAUUUAAAAACGCUAUAACUUCACAACCCCUAGCUCCUAUUGGGACCCCUGCUCUUACUUCUGAUGGCAAUGCUGUCACAAGAGCCCACUCUAUCAAACCCCUCAAGAACAACUCCAUUCCUAGCAUGUCAAAUAAUGGAGCUAAUCUUGCUCCUGGCUCAUCAUUGGAUAAUAAGAGUGUUGCGAUGGAUAAUAUGCCAACAUAUUUGGGAUCUUGGGGCAGUGCCCGAAUUAAUCAGCAGGUCAUGACACUAACGCAGACACAACUUGACGACGCUAUGAAGACAACACGGUUUGAUGGUGAUUUCACGGCUGCUGCUAUUGAUUGUAGCAAACCAUCAUCAUCCAUCUUGUUGCAGGACAAAUCAUUUUCGUCCUCAGCAAGCCCUCUCAGCUCCCUUCUUGCUGGGGAAAAAAUUCAAUUUGGUGCGGUUACAUCUCCAGCUAUUCUACCUUCUAGCAGCCGAGCUGUUUCAAGCGAUCUUGGACCUCCAGGCUCCUCUAGGCCAGAUGCUUCUGUUGACCACACUUUAUCUGCAGUUGAGAGUGGUCACUCAUUUUUUGACAAAGAACGGUGUCCUGAUGAAUCAUGUGUUCAUUUAGAUGAUCCUGAGGCUGAAGCUGAAGCAGCUGCUUCUGCUGUUGCUGUUGCUGCUAUUAGUAGUGAUGAGAUUGUUGGAACAGGUGCAUGUCCUGUCUCAUCAUCUGGUACAAAAGGUUUUGGAGAUGCAGAUAUUGGCAGCUUAGCUUCAGCAGGUGGAUCAGGGAACCAUCGAUCGACAAGUCAAUCAAGGAGUGAAGAAUCCCUCACUGUAGCUCUUCCAGCUGAUCUCUCCGUGGAAACUCCCUCCCUGUCCUUAUGGCCACCUUUACCUAGUCCGCAAAAUUCAUCCAGCCAAAUGCUUUCACAUUUUCCUGGAGCUCCACCUUCUCAAUUCCCUUGGUACGAGAUGAACCCCAUGUUAGGGCCACCGAUGUUUGCCUUCGCUCCUCAUGAUGAAUCUGCUGGUACUGAUUCACAGUCACAAAAGAGCACUACAUCAGGUUCUGGGCCUUUGGGAGGCUGGCAAUCAUGCCAUUCAGGCGUUGAUUCUUUCUAUGGCCCACCGGCAGGUUUCGCUGGCCCAUUCAUUAGUCCACCUGGAGGAAUGUCGGGUGUGCAAGGUCCUCCACACAUGGUUGUGUACAACCAUUUCACACCAGUUGGACAGUUUGGGCAAGUUGGUUUAAGUUUCAUGGGUGCUACAUACAUUCCUUCUGGAAAGCAACCCGACUGGAAGCACCAUCCCAUUCCUUCGACAAUGGGUACUAGUGAGGGAGACAUGAAUAAUCUGAAUAUAACCUCUGCUCAACGCAAUCCUUCGAGCAUCCCUACUCCUGUCCAACAUCUGCCCCCUGGGUCACCACUCUUGCCUCUUGGGUCCCACUUUGGCAUGUUCGGCAUGUCUCAAUUCCAGUCUUCCACGGAUGUGCCAGUCCAAGCUUGCUGGUCCCAUGUUCCUGCAUCACAUCUUCAUUCUGUUCCGCUGUCAGUGCCUUUGCAACAAGGUGAGGGUGGUUUACGUCCCCAGUUCAGUCAUGGAUUAUGUAUGGAUCAAUCAGCUGUCGACAGGUUUCAUGAUCCAUCUACAGCAACCCUACCUCAAGACAAUCGUAGGAAUUUCCCUGCGUCAAAUGAUGCUACCAUUGCAGCUCAGUUCCCUGAUGAACUUGGGUUGGUGGAACCAGCAAUCUCCACAGGCACUCAUGUUUUAAAUGGCAGCAGGACCACAACGUUCAGCUCAUCAAAUACAUCCUUCUGCUCAACAAAUAAUAAUGGAUCGGUCCAUAAUACUGUCUCAAAGGGCUCAUCAAGAAUCAAUGCUGGAAAUAAUGGAGCUGGUGGUGGAAUCCAUAGCAGCAGCAGCAACAACCAGAGCAUGAAUUCUGCUCAUAAAAAUCAAUCUUCUGCCCAUCACCAGCAGAACUCAACCCAUCAACACUAUAAUCUAGGUCAGAGAGCAAAGACAAGUUCAACUUCAGGUUCUGAAGGUGAAUGGUCUCAUCGAAGGAUGGGUGGAUUUCAGGGAAGGAACCAAUCAUCCGGGGUAGACAAUAAGAAUUUCGGUGCUUCAAAAAUGAAGCAAAUAUAUGUAGCUAAGACAACCACAAGUGGGACGUCAACACAGGAUUGAGAAACUAAAGCUGUAGCAGUGGUUGGGAUGGUCACAUAAAUGGAAUUGAACUAUCGUAGAAGUGAACGGAGGAGGAUUACAGUAAGCAAUGCGAGUAAUUCCAUUGCGCAAGGUAUUUUCUACUGAUGAAUUUUUCUGUUAGCUCUUUGAUUUAGCCGGUUUAGUUUUUUCAAGAUUACAACACAGAUUGUGCUUCUUUUCAAGAUAGCCUAUCCUUCAUGUAAUACCCUACGCUUUUGUAAUACCCCAUUUUUUAUCAUUAUAUAUUUUUUUUGAAUCACCUAAAGUAAA